AUAGGGUGCUUAAGUAAGGUAAGGCGAAACUCGAAGGCAGAAAAAUGUGUCAAUUCAAAUCCCCUAACUUCCAUUGACUUCGUUUCCCUUAUCUUCUCAGCUUCGCCUCUCCUUCUUCCUCAGUUUCUAUAAUUUUCAAACUUAAUAAUCAGCGAUAUACAAACCGAUCUAAUUAAUGCUAAAUGCAAAUUCUUCUACUUUUUCCGCCAUUUACGGUUUUUCGCCGUUUGAUUGACAGCAAACCGCUGCCAUGAGCGACUCGCAAGGGUCUUCUUUUGCUUCUUCUUAUUCGUCUUCCUUCAAAGACGCUCCCUCAGAGCCGCAGAAUGACAUGGGGAAUCAUACAAUGGCUGAUACAAGUCAUUCUCUAGGAGCCACUCCGAGAAAUUCACGCCAUUGGAGAGAUGUGUUUUGGUUGGUGAUAUUCCUGUUGCAUGUGAUAGUGGUUGGUAUGGCCCUUGGAGUUUUUGGGUUUAAUAGGUUUAAGGAAAAGGAUAGGCUAAAGAUUGACAGAUAUACAAUGUUAUUUCUUGACAAUCGUGAGGGCCUGACUGAGGAUUAUUGGCUGUUGUAUGCGGUUGCGGCUGGAGUCGCGACUGCACUUGGUUGGGCUUGGCUGUUGUUGCUCGGUUCACAGGCAACCCAGAUGAUGAAAUUCUCAGUGCAUAUCUUGACUACGUAUCUUGCAGUGAUCAGUGUGCUGUGUUUUUGGUGGACACAGAUAUUUUGGGGCAUCACCUUUGCCAUUGGCGCAGCUUUGCAGUUCUUGUAUGUCAUAUCUGUAAUAGACAGAUUUCCGUUUACCAUGCUAGUGUUACAAAAAGCAGUAAAGAUGGUGUGGAGCCUUCCUGAAGUUAUGGGAGUAUCAUGUGCAUUUAUGGUGGCCAUGCUCUCGUGGUUAGUACUGUGGUCUUUUGGUGUAGCUGGUAUUGUGGCUUUAAGCAUUGGCGAUGGUGGACGUUGGUGGCUACUUGUGGUUUUCUGUGUGAGUUUAUUCUGGACAGGUGCUGUUUUUUGUAACAUUGUUCAUGUUAUAGUUUCCGGGAUGGUGUUUUAUGUUUUAUACCAUGGUGGUCAAGCGGAAGCAUCAAUGCCUCCUAAACCGCUGUUGAAUUCUCUGAGAUAUGCCAUCACUACUUCUUUUGGGAGCAUCUGCUAUGGUUCACUUUUUACGGCCGCUAUCCGUGCAUUGCGAUGGAAGAUUAGAGGAGUCAGGUCAAAGAUUGGUAAAAAUGAGUGUUUGCUUUGUUGUGUGGACUUCCUCUUUCAUUUGGUGGAGACAUUAGUCCGUUUCUUCAAUAAAUAUGCUUAUGUCCAGAUUGCUGUUUAUGGUAAAAACUUUAACAACUCAGCAAAAGAUGCAUGGGAGCUGUUCCAGUCAACUGGAGUCGAAGCUUUAAUUGCGUAUGACUGUUCUGGUGCUGUACUACUAAUGGGCACCCUUUUAGGUGGGCUGAUUUCUGGAACUUGUGCUGGAGUUUGGACCAGGUUCAAGCAUCCUGACAGAGUUAUGAUGGUGGGUUCUACUUCCAUGUUGAUUGGGAUGAUUUUGGUUGGUUUAGCAACUGUAGUGGUGGAAAGUGCAGUCACCGCCAUGUAUAUCUGCUUUGCUGAAGACCCUUUAUUAGUACGCAGAUGGGAUGCAGAGUUUUUCGAUGAGAUGUCGGAGAUGCUGCAGCAACGUUUGCAACACCGAAGUGCAAGGGCAAGGCAAGUAAUAUUGACCAAUAGAUUCGUUACCCAAAUGCAGGAAUCAGUGCCAAUCUAAAUUACUAUAUAUGUGUGCAAAGGAGAGUAGGAAGCAAUUGUCUAUAUUUUGCUCAUCUAAAGAAUCAUGGGCCUAGUUUUCACCUUUUUGUGCACAUUUAUAUAUUCUGCUUUCUAUGAUAUUAUAGCCUUCUAUGCUUCAUGUUUGUAAAGAACCAUAGCUUUAAGGUUAUGAUGGACUUGUUAUAGGGCGAACCUUUUGUUUGAUGAUGAUAUACUAACUCCGUCCAAUGUAUUUGUCUAGUUUGAUUUUUUCGAGUCAAAUAAGAUAAACUUUGAGCCUCAGU